AUGAACUGGAGCGUGCGGCCCGACAAAAAUUUCCGCCUCGCCGUCGGAAGCUUCAUAGAAGAUUACCGGAAUAAGGUGGAGAUAGUCCAGCUAGACGACAACACAGGCGAGCUGAGGAGCGACCCGCGCCUGACGUUUGACCACCCAUACCCGCCCACCAAGCUCAUGUUCGUGCCGGGACGCGACGUUGCCCGUCCGGACCUGCUCGCCACGUCCGGCGACUUCCUGCGGAUUUGGCAGAUCACCGAUGAUGGCGUGCGCAUGCGCAGUGUGCUCAACAACAAUAAGAACAGCGAGUUCUGUGCGCCUCUCACCUCCUUCGAUUGGAACGAGUCCGAACCAAGGAGGCUUGGGACGUCCAGCAUCGACACGACGUGCACCAUAUGGGACAUGGAGAAGGAGGUGGUGGAUACGCAGCUCAUCGCUCACGACAAGGAGGUCUACGAUAUUGCCUGGGGGGGAGUUGGCCUCUUCGCCUCCGUCUCAGCUGAUGGGUCAGUGAGGGUGUUUGACCUGCGGGACAAGGAGCACAGCACCAUCAUCUACGAGAGCCCCCAGCCGGAGACCCCUCUGCUGCGCCUGGGGUGGAACAAGCAGGACCCCCGCUACAUGGCAACCAUUCUCAUGGACUCACCCAAAGUGGUCAUCCUCGAUAUAAGAUUCCCCACCUUGCCAGUGGCGGAGCUACAGCGCCACCAGGCAUGUGUGAAUGCAAUAGCAUGGGCACCACACAGUUCAUGCCACAUCUGCACAGCAGGAGAUGACUCACAAGCUCUAAUCUGGGACCUUUCCACCAUGGCCCAGCCUGUGGAAGGAGGGCUGGACCCCAUCCUGGCUUACACUGCUGGAGCAGAAAUCAACCAGCUACAGUGGUCAUCUUUGCAACAUGAUUGGGUUGCCAUAGCUUACGCUACAAAAUUGCAGAUUUUGAGAGUGUAA